GCCGCCAUUUUGCAGGAAGAGGGGUGUCCGGGGCUGUCAUUGCGGGGGGAGCAGCGUCUGCCAUGGCCAAUGUGCUCUGCAGCAGAGCAAGGUUGGUCUCCUACCUGCCAGGUUUUUACUCCUUGCUCAGCAGGGUUGGAAAUGCCAAAGCUUUUUCCACUGCAGGAUCCUCGGGCUCCGAUGAGCCCCACGUGGCUGCUGCACCCCCUGAUUUGUGUCCCAGGACGGUGUGGCCGGACGAGCUGAUGGGUCCCUUUGGGCCGCAGGACCAGCGCUUCCAGCUGCCAGGGAACAUCGGCUUCGGGUGCCACCUGCAUGGCACUGCCAGCCAGAGAGCCCGGCCCGCCCCCAGCCUGCCCGACCUCCUGGCAGAGCCCUCGGCCAGCGACAGGCACGAGUUUGUCAUGGCCCAGUGCAUCAACGAGUUCCAGGGUUCUGAUGCUCCCCAGAAGCAGCAGAUCAAUAAUGCUGAAACCUACUUUGAAAAUGCCAAGGUGGAAUGUGCAGUGCAAGCCUGUCCUGAGCUGCUGAGAAAAGAUUUCCAGGCGCUGUUCCCCGAGGUGAACCCCAAGCGCCUGACGGUGCUCACGGUGACCCAGAGGAGCCGGCACGACAUGAGCGUGUGGAGCCACGAGGUGGAGCAGGAGAGGGAGGUGCUGCUGGAAAAGUUCAUCAAUGGUGCCAAGGAAAUCUGCUAUGCAAUUUCUUCUGAGGGCUACUGGGCUGAUUUCAUUGAUCCCUCCUCAGGACUGGCUUUUUUCGGGCCUUACAGCAACAACCCCCUGCUGGAGACGGACGAGCGCUACCGGCACCUGGGCUUUGCCGUGGACGACCUGGGCUGCUGCAAAGUGAUCAGGCACAACCUGUGGGGCACCCACGUGCUGGUGGGCACCAUCUGCACCAACGCCGAGCCCGACAGCCCCAUCGUGAGGAAGCUCAGCGGCCACUGAGCCCUCCCUGCUGCUGCUGUCCCCCCCAGGGAUCCUUCAGCUCGUGGGUG